UAUCGACGAAGCGGCAACACAGCCUUUGUCUUGGUCCAACAGUGGGUUCUUGCAAUGACAAAGUUCUGGGUUUCUUCGUAGUUUUUUCGGGAAAACUUUCCUAAAACCGUACUCUAUUCGCGUAAUUAUAAUUUCAAACCGUUUCUCAAUCCCUCAGUUCAAGAUCCAUCUCGAAAUUUUAUCGGUAUCGCCGGAAAUCUAUCCAAAAAUAUUACGGUGCAAGGUUUAUGAAACUGAGCACAAUCAGGGAAUAGAAUGAUUGACAAAAUGUAAUAGCUAUCCGUUUUAAAAAGUUUACAUCAAAUUAAGCAACUGGGGGUGUCAAUAAAUAAGGAGAUUACUCGCCAUUUACAGUACAAAUUUCAAAAUUAAGUAGGAACAAAUCAAGAGUCCGAAGCAACAUGGUGUCCACUAGGUUAAUGUCAAUUUACAACAGCAAUAGCAAUGGGGAGUCUUCUUCGAGUACGGCUGCUGGCCCCAGCGAGGUCCAGCAGUUCUACGUGGAGAACAACUAUGGCCCCGCAAAGUUUACUAGGAACAGUGUUACGGCCAUGGCGAAUUAUGGGGGGCCUAGCACUUCUUCGUCGUCGCAGGGCAUAGUGCAAUGCUACAGGGUCAAUUCGCAAACGCCCUCAACAUUAAGAUUUUUGGACCUGCCCCAAGAAGUAAUAGAGAAGAUUUUUAGUUAUCUGUCGUUUAACGAAAUAUGCAAAUUGAGACUAGUGAACCGUCGUAUAGACCAGAUCUGCGGCUUCAUACUGAACUCCACCUUCCUGAAGCUUCAAAACCAGAUGCUGCAGCGGUUCCAAGAGAUCAAGAGCAAGAUGCCGCGCAGGGAGUCUGCGCGCAGGAGUCACUACCUGGCCUGCGAGAGCGACAUCAUCGAGACGUUGCACAUGCGCUUGACGCUCUUGCAGAUGUCGUUCGGCAAGCACAUCGAGCGCAAGCACGUGUGCUUCUUCCCCGGGGAGAUCCUGGACGAGGUCUACUCGAUUUUGCAUUACAUCAAGACCACAUCUAAGCUAGAUUUACCUUACAAAGUAACGGACGAACUUUUCGACUUGUCCACGAUGGCUAUGGAAUACUUCAAAGAAAAAAUAGAACCAAACUUGCCGGAAAUCGCCUACUUCAGUGCCGAUUUUCUUAAUUUUCCCAGCACCUUUUCCAGUAGUAGCUCUAGUAAAUACGGUUUGGAAUCGCCAAAUUUAUCAGAUUCGUCAAAAGUAGAUCACAACGACCCCGACGUAUUGGACGGAGAGGAAUUCGUAGAAAUACCCCAAUCGAACAUGGUUCUGCGCAAACGCAUCCGCAAAAUCAAACAAGGAAUGAAGCGCUACAACAGUCAAUUGACAGUGCUGAGACAGGAGCUGAAAUCGUGCAAAAAGAAAACCGCGGAUCAGCAGAAACAAAUCAGCGACCAGCAAAAGCAGCUGGCCGAUCAGCAGAAACAGACUUUAGAAUAUGCAACCAGAUUGGACGAGUACGACAAGAAAAACGAAGAGAUCUCUAGAAAAUUCAGCACCCUGCUUCAGGAACUGAACAAAUGCAAAACGGAACUGCAAUAUUGGCGGUGCAAAUCACCCGCUACACCCGCCGUAUGUAACGCCUGUGGCAGUCCCGUAAUUCCCCAUCCCGAAGAGUUACAGGCUUUGGUCAAUCAAGGCGUGAAUCCCGAGGGUUUAGGUUUAGAACCAAUAUCUGAACUAAAUGUACAGAAUUCAGAGCAGGGUUCUAGUAAAUCCGUCGACGUUGAACCGGAAGCGUUGGCCAAACCGGAAAUAGAUGCUCCAAUUAAAGAUAAAAAGAUCGAUACCCCACCUAGUUCCCCGGCCACGGCCGCUUCAAUUCGAGGCGUCAAACGGAAAUCUUCCGAAGAAAAGGAAGAAGAAAAGCCGUCGACCAAGAAGAAGACGAGACAUCAACCGGCGAAGAUGCGCAAACGGUGCGGCAAGGUGUAAAACGGUCUUGGAUCGGUUUUUGAGAAGAAAUAAAGAUGCCGUGGAUAGACGAAAUAACGAGUCUGUCGACAAAAUCAACCAAAUUAACUUACAAAUUAACACGGGGUCCGGCAUAAUUUACACCGGACCCCCACUACCCCCUCCAACACACGUUAAAACAAAUAAAAACCACACGAUAUAGCGCUUCAA